AUGUCUUCCUCAACUCAACAGCCUGACGUUCCUGCCGAGUCUGUUCAUGCCGUCCAUUUCACUUUGCCUGAUUUUUGGCAACACGCCCCUGAACUUUAUUUUAUCCGCAUUGAGUCAGCCUUUUACUCCGCCAACAGUACGAAGGAGUUGUCGAAAUACCACAAACUUCUGGAGGUUCUCCCUGCCAAUAUUAUCUCACAAGUUCAACCCUUGUUAGUGAAACCCCCUGCAGACGCUCCCUAUUCUGCUCUGAAGGCGGAAAUCCUUAGUCUCAAUGCUGUAUCUGACCGACAACGCUACCACCAGUUGAUCAAGGAGGAAUCACUGGGCGACCGAAAGCCCUCAGAACUUCUCCGACGAAUGCGUACUCUCUUAGGAGACAUGCAGGUCGACGAGAAACUCGUUAAAGAGAUGUUUCUAGAGCGGCUGCCUGCAGAUGUCCAAACGAUUUUGGCAUCCGGCUCGCAAGAUCUUACACUUUCACAUCUUGCUGAAAUAGCAGACCGAAUGUUAGAGGCUCAACGGUUCCAGCCACCUUCCGUUGCUCAGAUUUCCACAUCCUCUUCAACGGUUAACGAGCAGUUACUGCAACAGAUGUCGGCUAUGGCGAAUGAGAUAGCCUCCCUAAAGCUACAGCUUGCUCGCAUUACCUGUAGUCGCUCACCCAGACGUCAUCGUUCACGUUCGCGACCUCGCACAGCCAAUUUGUGUUGGUAUCACUCAAACUUUGCCGCCAAGGCUCGCAAAUGUUCUUCCCCUUGUUCAUUUAAACCGAAACAGGGAAACCAGCCAGCCAGAGAAUAGACGCGACCGUUUUCUCUGGCUCUCCCUUCUCUGGUCGCACCUUUUAUGUCUGCGACAAUGUUACUUGCAGGCGUUUCCUGGUGGACACCGGAGCCCAGAUCAGCGUGGUUCCCCCCACUCCAGUUGACCGCCGCUGUCCCAGCCCUGGUCUACAUCUCCAAGCUGCAAACUGUUCCCCCAUUUCCACUUUUGGUAGUCGUUCCCUCACGCUAAACAUUGCUUUACGUCGAUCAGUCUCCUGGAUAUUUGUGAUUGCCGAUAUGCCUCAUGCGAUCCUUGGUUCCGACUUCCUAGCCGAGUUUGAUCUCCUUGUUGACUGUCGGCGUUCCUGUCUCCUCGACCGCACAACUGGUCCUUCUGUCCGCGGUCUUACACCCUUUAAUGACUCCUGAAAUUUAUCUGUUCUGGACACAGAUAUUGCUUGCCCAUACCGAGACCUGCUCCUCCAGUACCCCAACAUAAUCAAACCCCAGUUUAGCAGUGGUGAGAUCCAGCAUGACGUUGUCCACCACAUUCGCACCUCUGGCCUCCCAGUAUUCGCACGGCCUAGACGACUGGCUCCGCCCCGUCUGCAAGCGGCGAAGGCCGAAUUUGAGCACAUGCUGCAACUGGGCAUAAUUCGGCCGUCCGAGAGUCCAUGGGCGUCCCCUCUGCAUAUGGUGCCCAAGGCGAAAUCAGACGACUGGCGGCCCUGUGGUGACUAUCGCACCCUCAACAAUGCGGUCAUCUCGGAUCGUUAUCUCGUCCCUCAUCUUCAAGAUUUUGCUAGAGCUCGUUUCGGCAAAUCGGUUUUCUCGAAGAUUGACCUUGUUCGGGCCUUCCAUCGGAUUCCUGUCGCUCCUGAGGAUGUUCCCAAAACUGCCGUCACCACACCAUUCGGCCUGUUCGAAUUUAUUCGCAUGCCAUUUGGUCUUCGAAAUGCUGCCCAAACAUUUCAGAGGUUCAUUGACCGAGUCCUACGUGGUCUCCCGUUUGUGUACGCCUACAUCGAUGACCUCUUGGUGGCCAGUCGAAAUGCCGAGCAUCUUGCCUUAGUGUUUGACCGCCUCGAUCAGUUUGGCGUGGUCAUUAACCCUUCCAAGUGUGUUCUGGGUGUGCCGUCCCUUGAUUUUCUUGGUCACCAUGUCGAUGCACAAGGUUUGCGUCCCCUCUCUUCCAAGAUUGAGGCCAUUCGUGACUUUCCUCCACCAACCUCCAAGCGUCAGUUGCAACGUUUCCUUGGCAUGGUAAACUUUUAUCGCCGGUCCCUACCGAACUGUGCCGACCUUAUGCUGCCACUCACCAACUUGCUCUCUGGUCCCAAAGGUCCCCUUGAGUUACGUGGCCACGCGCUGACUGCUUUUGAGAGAAUAAAGGCCUCCUUUGCUGAUGCUACCUUGCUCACUCAUCCUGCUCCAGAAACCCCCUUUGUCCCUGAUGCUUGA